AUGGUCAAGACUGGGGGCCCAGGCAUUUACAGUGCCACGUAUAGUGGUAUUCCCGUUUACGAGUUUCAAUUCGGCCUGGACCUCAAGGAACAUGUCAUGCGCCGGCGCCAUGACGAUUGGAUCAAUGCGACGCACGUUCUCAAGGCAGCCGGCUUUGACAAACCCGCACGUACCCGCAUCCUUGAGCGCGACGUCCAGAAGGAUGUGCACGAGAAAAUCCAGGGCGGCUACGGCAAAUAUCAAGGCACAUGGAUCCCACUCGAGUCCGCCGAAUCCCUCGCGCAGCGACAUAGCGUCUACGACCAGCUCCGUCCCAUAUUCGAGUACCGACCCGGCAAUGAGAGCCCGCCACCUGCGCCGCGACACGCCAGCAAACCGAAGGUGCCAAAGGCCAAACCGCCCGUGCCCCGAUGGAACAGCAAGGCGUCAAGUUCUCACCCGAAAAACACACAAGUCCUAGCUGCGACAGACAAUGCGGGCCCUAUUGUGGAGGACUAUGACAAUGGCGCUGACACGUUCAUGGGGGACGAUACACCAGACAACCUGACCACAGCCUCGGCGUCGUACAUGGCCGAAGACGACCGGUUCGACAUGCCGCAUAUCUCGACUGGGCAUCGCAAGCGCAAGAGAGAGGAGCAGAUUCAAGACAUGACGGAACAGCAGCAUUCGCUCUAUGGCGAUGAGUUGCUAGAUUACUUUCUGCUGGCGCACAAUGAGCAUCCAGCCGUCAAGCCGGAUCCGCCCCCGAACUUUCAGCCCGAUUGGCCGAUCGACGAGGAGAACCAUACCGCGCUGCAUUGGGCGUCUGCCAUGGGCGACGUGGAUGUGAUCAAACAGCUCAAACGGUUCAACGCCAAUGUGUCGGCGAGGAAUAUCCGGGGGGAGACUCCCUUUAUGCGCUCACUCAACUUUACAAACUGCUUUGAGAAGCAGACGUUUCCCCAAGUGCUGCAGGAACUAUUCGAGACGGUCGAUGCGAAAGAUAAUGAGGGGUGUACGGUGAUACACCAUGCCGCGAUCAUGAAGAAUGGGCGCAUGUACAGCCACUCGUGUUCGAGAUACUACCUUGAUAACAUCCUCAAUAAGCUUGGCGAGGUCAUGGAUCCGGGCGACUUCCAGCAUUUCCUCGACGCACAGAAUCAAGAGGGCAAUACGGCGCUCCACCUGGCCGCGCAGCGAAAUGCCCGAAAGUGCAUAAGAGCACUGCUAGGACGCAAUGCAUCAACCGACAUGCCCAACAAUGAGGGCGUGAGAGCAGAAGAUCUCAUCAAGGAGCUCAACGCCAGCAAGCGAGACAGGGGCCCGCAACGGUCAUCCUCACCAUUCGCGCCGGACUCGCAUCGACACGCGUCGUUUAGGGAUGCCUUUGCCGAGAAGGCGAAGAGACCGGUCGUCGCCUUUUCGUCGGCAGCGGCCAACACCGUCCAGUCACAUAUCUCGCCGCUGAUACUCGAGAAAUUCCAGGACCUGGCUAAGAGCUACGAGGAGGAGUUUCAGCAGAAAGAUGUCGCCGAAGUGGAAGCAAAGCGUAUCCUGCACAACUCUCAGGCCGAGCUUUCAACCACGCGGCAGCAGAUUGCCGAGCUGGAGAGCCAGCUGGAGGCGGACGACGCAGCCAACAAGAUUAUGAGCGACGCCAACCUGGCUAAGCACCAGGCGCUGGAACUGAUCACCUACCACAACCAGCUCCGCAUACGCGACACCGUCGACGCGGAGCUAAGCAAGGUCAACGGCGACGCGUCGACACAAAAGGAGACGAGCGAGGAGAAGCUGUUGCUGGCGCAGCAGCUGUCACAACUACUGGGGGAGAGGCGGCAGGUCGAGUCGGAGUACGUCGACGCACUCAGCAUGGUCGGCACGGGCGACAAGAUUGAGCGGUACAGACGACUGCUCAAGACGUGCCUCGAUCCCAUGGACGGGGAGAACCUGGAUCUCAACCUUGACAGUCUCAUUGAGAUGAUGGAGGAGCAGCGGGAGGUGCCCGACCUGGAUGGGCUACCCGCGCUGGAUGGCGUGCCCAUGGAUGGUGGUGACGCCAUGGACGUGAGGGCAUAG